CCACCGUCUUACGUCAUUCCCAAACAGGAUCUGUUUAACGCUGUUUAUGUUGGUUUGAUUUUAUUGGGAGUUCUAGAAAAACACAUUUAUAACUGAAUAAUCAGUUAAUUGAACUGUAGCAAUAUGUCACAAGAUUUAUGGUUACAGAAUUAUGAUGCAUCAUGUCGACUGGCACAAGAAAUUGCAGAAAACCUCCAUGAACGAAACAGACAGCAGAGGACUGGAGGAAACCCAGCUAAGCUCAACAUGACCCUGAGAGCAUCAUUACAGAAGCUCAAACAGAAUAUAGCACAGCUCAGAGAGACUUUGAUUCGAGCUGCUGCUCAACGGCACAUAAUGCAAGCUGAAGCAGACAGAAGACAAAACCUUGUUGAUGAUCUCGCUACCAGAGAAAAGAUGCUGAAUGGCUCCUUCAAAGGAAAUGUCACAGAAUGUGAGACAUCAAGGUCAACCCUGAUGACAGGUGGAAAUGGGGCGGGGCCAGCCGUGAACCCUUGGCUGGUUAAUGAAUCUGAGGAGACCAGAGGACUCGGCUUUGGAGAAAUUAGACAACAACAGCAGCAGAUUAUCGAAGCUCAAGAUGCUGGCCUAGAUGCUCUUGCUGCCGUCAUUAGCAGACAAAAACACAUGGGCCAGGAGAUCGGCAAUGAGCUAGAUGAACAAAACGAGAUCAUUGAUGACCUCACACAGCUUGUGGACAAGACGGACAGCCGCAUCAGAAAUGAGACUCAUAGAGUCAAGCUAGUGGAUACCAAGUCUGCUUCCUGUGGACUGUGACAGUUUCUCAGAGGUGAAAAAGAGGAGCAAGCAGAGGCGCCUGGAUGUGAAGCUCAUUUUAAAGCAUAUAUUGAAGUCUGACAGUGUGAAUGAGGGUUUGUUUUACACCACUUUCUUUGGUCUGAUAUAAAUCUCAAUGACAGUUCAGCCUCUGGCAUUUUAUACAGAAAAAGAUAAUGUUCACAGGAUUUACGGCAUGAAAGGUGUUUUUCCGGCUGUGGAACUUUACCAAGAUUUUAAAACUGUUUUGUUUUAUCCAUCGAAUAAAAUGGAUUACACCAGAUUUACCAGCUCACUGGAGACCGAAGGACUAUAUUUGAUAUUUGAUACCUCCUUCUCAAAGUCUUUCCAAUUGUCUGUUAAAUAAAUCUGGAAUUUUCUGUCAAGGGAAUGGGGUCUGUUCACUAAAAACGUUCCCAAAGGAACAUUGUUUCUAGUCACAGUCAAAAACUGGGCAAUUGCAGGCUAUGUAGAGUUAUUUCAUAAAACACAUCCUGCUCAGAGCAGGCUUUGGAAGGUCAGUAUUUUUUAAUACCAACACCAGUUAGUGCAGCAUGGCUUCCUUUUACCCUGUACUUCAACUUAGGCCAGCUGGCACUGUGAUCUCUAGUGGGAAUGCACAGACAUCGAGCCAAACUAUGAGAGAAAUGUAAAGUAAAGCACUGAAUCAGGCUGCAAACACAGCACCAGCCAAUGUCAAUGACGAACAACACAUAUGUCAAAAAUCGAAGUCUGUCUGAUUAGCAGAGUUAAACAAUGUUUUGAAAUGAUGUGACAGAUGAUGGCAUGUCUACUGUGUUAAAAAGUUUACUCAGAGAAAGGGAGCACUGAUGUUAGAUCCGUUUCAGACAAGCAUAGUCAGAAAUGUGUUUAUUGAAAAUAUGUAAUGAAAUAUAAUUGACGAUUGCUAAAUUACAAAGGCAUACUGAAGGAGGCAAAACUGCUGCAUUGUUACAUCCAUAUUGAAAAGCAAUUGAUUACAGUGUGCUGGCUUUUAUUGACACCAUAUUCUUAGUGCUGUAAACAUAUUAAGCGAAUAACUUGGCUCUCUGUAGCUUUUAUUCGUUGAUUGUUGCAUUUAAAAAAAUGAAAUGUUGGAUUUAAUUAGAUUUGUUGUGUCAGCAUGUUCCACGUAACUGAAUUAAGUUACAUAAAAUUAACAUUAAUUACUUCAGUAAACCUAAGUUUAUUACAUUUGAUUAAUCCAGUGCUAUUUAGUUGAAUCAAGUUAAAAUAUCAACUUUUGGCCAAAACUAAGCAUCAUUAGGUUGAGGUUUAGGACAGGCAGUAUGAUACAAUUAUUAAUGCUGCUUAGUCCAACAAGUUUUCAUUGAGCAAUCACAACAUAGAGGAUUAAAAUUACAUGGUAAUUUUUAGGAACCUCAUUACAAGUCUGUAGAGUGAUUAUCGUGAUUGAAUAAAAUUGUGAGAAAAAGUGAGAAUCUUGAUUUUAGGAUAAUUGAACUUAAGUAGAUUAAUAGUUUUGGACAAAAGUAGCUAUUUUAACUUGAUUCAACUAAAUAGCACUGGAAGAAAAUAAAUGGCAGUGGGGUAAGAAAAAUAAACUUGUUUUCCCUUGAUCAUUUUUCUUACCCCAUUGGCAUAUGGUUUUUACUUGUUUUAAACAUAAACCUCAAUAAAUUUAGGUUCAUUUCUCUGAAAACAAGUAUUAAUAUCUUAGAUUUUGUUUUUCAAGUAAAUAUGUUUUAAGGAUGUUUAGCUAUGGGGCCUGGGUAGCUCAGCGAGUAUUGAUGCUGACUACCACCACUGGAGUCGUGAGUUCGUAUCCAUGGUGUGCUGAGUGAGCCAGGUCUCCUAAGCAACCAAAUUGGCCCGGUUGCUAGGGAGGGUAGAGUCACAUGGGGUAACCUCCUUGUGGUCGCAAUUAGUGGUUCUCGCUCUCAAUGGGGCACGUGGAAAGUUGUGCGUGGAUCGCAGAGAGUAGCAUGAGGCUCCACAUGCUGGGAGUCUCCGCGGUGUCAUGCACAAUGAGCCACGUGAUAAGAUGCGUGGAUUGAUGUUCUCAGAAGCGGAGGCAACUGAGACUUGUCCUCCGCCACCCAGAUUGUGGUGAGUAACCGCACCACCACGAGGACCUACUAAGUGGGAAUUGGGCAUUCCAAAUUGGAGAGAAAAUGGGAUAUUUAGGUAUUUUUACUGGAAAAAAAGACAAAAAAUGAGUAAGAAAAUAAUUUUUUUGCAGUGUGACACAAUGUGCAGUCACAGGUGUUUUGAACAGUGCAUCCAACAAGAAUUCAGAGUCAGAACUAUUCAUUUCACAACAGCAGGUCUACAGCAUAUGUACGAAAGUUCUGGUUGAUGUUGAUGACUCACAGGAGAUGAGACAUCCUGUCUGACACCUUCUUGCAAUUCCUCCAGUGACACAGAGUAUAUGAGAAAUUUGACUAACGGAAGGAUUAAUGAAAGGCAGAUGCAUCACUGAAAUGGUUCACCAUGCUCUGUUUGUCAUUCUCGCCCUCUGCUAGUGAUCUUGGGCUUUGAUUUAUACAAAGGUUAAGAGCCCCAUCUAGGAGUCAUUACUGUGUUUAUUUGAAUACGAGUGAUUAAUGAAAAACACAUAAUAAAAAAUAUAUAUAAUUAACCAUUAAAAUUAGUCAUGCAUUUUUAAAGUAUUUCAUAAAGUCAAAAAAGUUCAAAGCCAUGGGCAUAAAUUAAUAAAUGUAAGAUAUUUGGUUGUUACUUUGUUUUUGAUUUUUCUUUUUUCAUGCUGCCUUUGUCUCAAAUGUUGGGGGGUCAAAGUGCUGGACUCCAAUUAGUUUACAUGCACUCUCAAAAACAGACAAAAGUCACAGAAGUACAACAACAGUUUUAUGAAGUUAUUGACUUGGGAUUUAUAGAAGAUGCACUUGUGUUAAAGAUCAGUCAUGUGUUUUUACAGGCAAAUUAUUAAAUUAAAUGUGCACAUGUAAAACUGGCAGAAAAUGAAGGGCAUCUUCUUGCUAUAGAGCAUGAAGCUGUUUGUUCAUUCAGAUGUUUUGUGUGUGUGUGUGUGUGUGUGUGUUUUGAAUCAGGGAUGCUGGUGGUGAUUGUGCUUUUGCUGAUUGCCAUCAUUGUUGUGGCAGUUUGGCCAAUGAACUAAUGAAGAGGAUGCUUCUGAUGAGAAAACAGCACAAAUACGGACUGCAAAGACUGUUAAAAAAAAUGUGUGGGGGUGAAUUGAAGAUAUGCAGCUUCCAAGCAGAAUUUAUAUGUAAACAUCUACCUCCAAACCCCUCGCUUUUCCCUUUUGCAUUUACUGUAUUAAAGUAAUAGAAGCCAUGAUGGGGAUAAAGUCAAGGAAUGGACCACUAUGAAGAACUUGGGCCAUAAAUUCUUAGCUCCUCAGAUAAAGAUCAAAGUAGGUUUUGCAAUGGAAAGAAAAAUAGAAAAAGGCUUUCAAAGGUUUUGAAUGUUAUGAAUAUAACCACGAGCUUGAAAUGCUUCAAGGGGGGAAAACAUAUUUAAAUUCUUUAUUUGGCAGUGAAGAAAAUUAUCCAUAUCCAAUAUGGAAACAAGGUCUGGGAGUCACAAAGCAAUACAGUGUCCUGAGCUGUGCUGCUUGGGUUAUUAUACGAGCUCUGUUAUUGUACCACCUCAUUAAUACAUUCAUUAAUAGCUUCUCUUUGGUUAUUUGAUGAACUACAUUACAGUUCUUGUUUUGUAAUAAAAACUUUUUUUUUUAAAAAAACCUCUAGAUUUUGUCACUAACUCUUUUCUGUGAAUUGUUUCUGGCUUGAUAAUGUGAAUUCUAAUAAAUGCACAAUUAACACAACCUGAUUUCAGCUGUUUUGCCUUGUCUGUUUUGUUAGUAAAAGCUUGCUAUUUAAUUUAGAAUUAAUUUAACUUAAUUUUAAUGCUGAUGAUAUGAUGUUUUGAUAACAUUUUAUGAUUGCAGUUCCCUUUAUUGUAAAAAAAUUAAAUGUAUAUGUAUAUGCUGGAAAAAAUUGAAGUACGGCACACUAGUGAUUUCUGAGGUUUUAUUCCAAAUGAAUGCUGAAUUCUACCAGAUUGGUGUUCAGUAGUUAUCUUCCCCUAUGGAUUUUAAUCACAACCAUCUAAACAACCACAAACUGUAAAAAAAUAAAAAAAUAAAAAUAAAAAAAAAAGGUAAAAAGACAUCACAUAAAAAAAAUUCACAAUGUCUUGUGUCAUUAAAUAUUUUCUUACAUAAUAACCAUAAUAUAUUAGUAUGCACUGUAAAACAAUAUUGCAGAUGUCUUGUUUUUGUCACAGCUAAAUUUACAAUUCAAUAUAUGAACAAGAAGCAAUGUAUGUAAGGUCUGCUGGUAAUGUCAAACACAGGAACCAUCUUUCCACUGCUGCCAAAAAUAAAAACUGAACAUAAAAUUUACAUCAUAAGAAUACUUUAUAAAAUGAAAAAUGAAUGUGCACUAAGACAAAAUACAUAUACAUGUGAUAUUACAAAUAUUAUUAUUAUUAUUUUAUUUUUUUUGUAACCAGUAAAUACAGCUUAUGUAUAAAUAUCUGUAUGUCAUACAUUGUGUACAUUUACAAAAAAAAGAAAAAAUAAUAAUAAUAAUAGUUUUUUUAAUUUUUUUUAUUGAUAGUAAAAUUACUAUCAGUUCUUGCAGUAUGUGUUUUCUUAAUGUGUGAAGGACUAACCACACAAGCAAAAGUGGCUCUUCAAAGAUCAGUGGACAAGCAUUUAACACUGAAGCUGUUACUUUAGAGAUCUGUGUUUUUUUAGUAACAGAAUAAGCAACGUGUGUGUUUGUGUGUGUGUGUGUGUGUGUGAGAGAGAGAGAGAGAGAGAGAGAGAGAGAGAGAGAGAGAGAGCAGCGUUUCUCACAUUGAAGAGAAUCGGUUGUAGUGAAACAUUACAUGCAUACCUACAUUCACAGACCCUAAACAGACAUGGAUAGCAUAAUGUUAAAGGAGAGAUACUGUUGCUUUACAAAACUAAAUACUAGUUAAAGGUAAUUCAUACACUUCUAAAUACUGUUUUACACACAAAGAAAAAUACUAACUAUACACAACAUUCUACCAACUCUUUCAGGACAUUUUUCACAAAAAAGCCAGUUUAUACCAUGGUACUGUUUCAACAAAAGGAUAUCGUUAUCCAUGUUUGGACUAUAAACAAUUAAAUCAGAGUAUCAAAUGGAACAAGAAAUUAUGUUUGUAUUUAGAGUCAUCUACCUCAGUCAUGUCUUAUACAAAAAUAUACAUGGUGGAUUUAUUUAAAGUUAAAAAAUAAUUGUAAAGGCAUGCUUAUAAUUUUGGGUUUGCCCACUGUUUUUAAACACUUUUUUGGAGUACAGAUAUUUUCUUAUUUUAAAGAAAUUUGUCAUGUCUUAAACAGACAUAAAGAAAUAAAAAAUAAUCUUAAAUUGAACUCGGCUGAUACAUAGUAAAUUUGCAUGAACAAUCUCAAGUAUACCAAACCUAUCCUAUAUUAGUGGAUACCUGUCUGUUGAGGAGAGCAGUCAAUGGGCACUACUAUAAAAAUGUACAAAGCUACUUUCAGCAAUUGUUAGAUGUUUUAGAAGUAAAUGUUGAAAUAAUGAAAAUGUGGCACGCCUUUAAAAAACGCGAUCAGAAAUGUAUACAUUGAACCUUGAAGAUUUGCAAUUGUCGUGGCGUGUCAGACUCAGAGUCUAACUGCAGUCUUAAAAACUGAGGUAUGAAAUUUCUGAAACAUUGGCAUCUGGAUGCUUAUUAGUGCAUUAUGCAUCAUUUAGAGCAUCUGAAUUCUUAAGUGCCAAAGCUCACCAAUUGUUUUUAUUCUUGUAAUAGAAAGACUUAAAGAAAUAUUCCAGGUUGAAUACAAGUUAAGCUCAGACCACAUUAUUUGUGGCAUAAUUGCAUCUGUGGCAGAACUAUCAAUUCACUUGUGGCUGCAAAUUUAGGCACAUUUGGAGCACUGUAUUGCAGCUGUUUUGUGGCUUGUUAUCUCUAUUAACCUUCUGGCUCUGAUGGGAUUUACUUUAUUGUUUUUAUGUUUGGGCUCCCAGAGUAGUGUCAUGGUCCUGUCACUCUGUCAGUUUGGGUUUUUGUCUGACAGGACCGUGACAUCCCAUGUCUGUCUCGUGUUUCAUUGUCUGUGUUUGUGUGAGCGCACGGUUUCGGUUGUAUUCCCUGGCGUGCGCUCUUCGGUUUGUCUUGUUUCAUGUCCGGAGCAUGGUGUCUUGAUCCUGACUUCCUGUCUGGUUCAGUUUCAGUCUGUGUCGGGAUCCAGACACUCAUGCUCCAUGUUCUGUGUCUGUCUCUCGCGACCGUGGAUGUGCGUUGCGCUCGCUUUGCACUCGCAUUGCACUCGCUUUGCGCUGUGUGCCUGGGUUGCGAGCUGUCUUCACGUUGUGUUGAGGUUCAGUCACUUCGGUGUGAGAUUUCGGGUUUGUGAAAUCGCACAGGUGUCCUGUCUUGUAUUUGUCACCUGUGGCGUGCAUCACGUGGCGUUUGCCUCACAAUGUACGCUCAGGUUUUGUUUAGUGUGAGAAUGCGUGGCAUCGCUUUGUUUGGUGUUGCUACGCAUUCUCUUGUCUUGUUUGGCGAUUGGCAUGGCCGUAUAUUGCCUUAUUGUCUUGGCGAUGUGCACUCAUGCCAUUCGGGUGUUUUGUUGUCUUGUGAGAGCACGUGGCGUUGUUUUGUUUCUGUAUCGCUGCGUCUCUCUGUCUUACAUCAUACCCUGCCUCCUUGUUUACCCAUUAUUAGUUUAUUAGUCACACCUGCCCUGUCUUGUUAAUCUGUUGAUUUCUCUCCCUAUUUUAGUCUCCUCGUGUGUGCUAUCCAGUGCCAGUUCAUCUUGUUUUCCAGUCGGUCCUGUGGGUUUGUUUUUUCCAGUCAGUCUGUCGGUCGGUCUAGUUCCCUAUCCUGUUCAUCCCUACAUGGUACAGUCAGUCCUGUU